GGAAACAGAAGAAGUGGAACCGUGGAGUUUGGAGGGGACAUUGAGCCCAUCAAUAGCGCAAGGGGGUUUGUCUUCCAAUUUGGAGCCGAAUCAAAGAAACUGUGGUAUCUUGCUGGGCCUGCUAUCUUCACAAGCCUCUGUCGGUACUCCCUGGGAGCAGUCACUCAAACCUUUGCUGGGCAUCUCGGGACGCUCGAACUCGCCGCCGUUUCCAUGGAGAAUUCCGUUAUUGCAGGGUUCUCGUUCGGUGUUAUGCUAGGAAUGGGAAGUGCAUUAGAAACUCUAUGCGGACACGCCUACGGGGCUGGGCAGCUUGACAUGCUUGAGAUUUACAUGCAGAGAUCAUGGGUCAUCCUAACUCCACGGCCCUUGUGACUUGUCCUUUGUAUAUUAUACAUCUUUGCUACUCCCGUUUUGAAACUAAUUGGGCAGGCCUCGGAGAUUGCAGAGUCAGCAGGAACGUUUGCAAUAUGGAUGAUCCCGCAGCUCUUUGCUUAUUCCAUGAACUAUCCCACAGCCAAGUUCCCGGCUCAGAGCAAGAUCAUGGUGAUGGCUUUAAUAGCACUUGUUGCGCUGGUCCUCCACACUUUCUUCAGUUGGUUGCUCAUCAUAAAGCUGGGUUGGGGACUGGUUGGUGCUGCUGUCGUGCUCGAUUCCUCUUGGUGGUUCAUUGUUAUUGCUCAAUUGGUGUACAUUUUCACCGGCACUUGUGGCCGAGCUUGGACCGGGUUCUCAUGGAAGGGCUUCACUCAUCUUUGGGACUUUUUCAAGCUUUCAUUGGCAUCUGCCAUCAUGCUCUGCCUAGAGUGUUGGUAUUACAUGGUGUUGAUUCUAUUUGGUGGAUACUUGAGCAACCCUGAGGUUUCAGUAGAUGCACUAUCCAUCUGCAUGAACAUCUUAGGUUGGACAAUAAUGGUAGCCUUUGGCUCAACUGCAGCAAUAAGUGUGAGGGUGUCAAAUGAAUUGGGAGCAGGAAACCCAAGGAGGGCAAAAUUUGCAGUGGUGGUCGUGGUGAUCUCCACCUUCAUCAUCGGCCUUGCCAUCUCUGCCGUUCUGCUCAUACUGAGGGAUUACUACCCCAAGGUAUUUACCAGCAGCCAGGAAGUGCAAGCGCUGGUCAAUCAGCUCACCCCUCUCCUUGCUCUCACCAUAGUCAUUGACAAUGUCCAGCCCGUUCUCUCAGGUGUUGCAAUCGGAGCAGGAUGGCAAGCAAUUGUAGCUUAUGUGAACGUGGGAUGCUACUACCUUUUCGGCCUUCCAUUGGGUUUAGUCUUGGGAUACAAAUUGAACUUGGGAGUCACGGGAAUUUGGAGCGGCAUGACGAUCGGAGUCGGCCUGCAAUCGCUGAUACUGUUGUCCAUGACCUAUAGAACCAACUGGAACAAAGAGGCUUCUCCUGCGUCCGAGAGGAUCAGAGUGUGGGGAGGACCAAGAACUCAGAUAAUGCUCCUGAAAAAUAGGCCAUCAUCACUAAUGUGA